AUGUGGACACUCUUCCUCUUCACCAAGAGCGACUUCAAAACCAUGACGAUACCCCAAAGCAUCUUCGCCAUUGCUGCCGCAUACGCACCUCCAGCGGUCAAAUGCGUCAGAUCCUUCGAUUCCAGCACUCCCCCCGACCUGGGAUACUUAUCGACCCACAUCCCGCGUAUGCUAUUCUGGCUCUGGCUCAACUGCGCUCUCCAUGAUAUCGCCAACCAAAGCCUGCCAGACUCAGUCGUGGAGGACGCAGUCAACAAGCCGUGGCGACCCAUUCCCUCGGGACGAAUCUCCAGAUCGCAAGCACGAUCGUGGCUUCUCGCCAUCAUCCCGCUCUCUCUAGCGGUAUCACUCAUGUUCGGAGCACUGAUGCCGAUGACGAUGCUCGUGGUGUUUGUCUGGAUGUACAACGACCUCGAGGGCAGCAGCGCCAGCAUCUGGAUGCGAAACGCCCUCAACGGCACCGGACUCAUGAGUUUCGGGUGCGGUGCGCUCACGGUGCUGGUCGGAAGCGAGGGCAACCUGCUUCCCAAAGCCUACAACUGGCUCUUCCUGACUGGGCUCAUUGUGUCUACCACAGUCCAGAGCCAGGAUCUCCCAGACCUGGAAGGAGAUAAAGCGAGAGGGCGCCAGACGAUCCCAAUUGUAUACGGGGAGAGUGUUGCCAGGUGGAGCGUCGCGAGCAUGGUCCUCCUUUGGUCGGUUCUCGGGCCCUGGUUCUGGGCUACCGAAACCACAUCCAUCUGGUUUUGGGCUCCCUUGAUUUUGCUCGGUGUAGCGCUUGCAAGCUUGGCGUUGGCGAGAUGGGGUCAGAAGUGGGAUGAGGUAGUGUUGCAGCUGUGGUGCUUGUGGCUGCUUGUUAUUUACCUUUCGCCUGCUCUCGCGUCCUGGGCGUGA